AUGGAGGAGAUUGAAGGAACCAACAGAGCAGCUGUGGAGAGUUGUCAUAGAGUUCUUAACCUCUUAUGCAGCAGACCACAUCAACAAGAUCAUCUGUACGACAUGAGUUUAUUGUCUGAAACUAGAGAAGUUGUGUUUGGGUUCAAGAGAGUGAGGAAUCUGUUAAGCAGCAGUGGUGUGGGUCAUGCCAGGUUUAGAAGAGCCAAGAUACCUCACACCCAUUUGUCUCAAACCAUCUUCCUUGAUCCUUGUCUCCAACCAACAGAACCUCAGAAAACACCGGUGAUGUUCCGGUCUGGUUGCCAUGAAUUGAGUUUGGGACCCACUGAUUCUCUCACUUUAGGGACCCGGCCUUUCAGUUUAAACUCAAAUGCCAAAGCUCCUCUCCUUCAGCUUAACCAGCAAGCAGUGCCUUGUUCGAAUUAUCUGAAUAUGUUUCCAGAACAUCAAAAGUUACAUGAACUGUUACAGUCUCACCAUCAUCAUCAGCAGCAGCAGCAGAGACAUCAAGCUGAGAUGAUGCUUAGGAAAUGCAACAGCGGGAUAAGCUUGAGCUUUGAUAACUCGAGUUGUACUCCAACCAUGUCAUCCACUAGGUCCUUUAUUUCAUCGCUUAGCGUAGAUGGUAGCGUUCUCGAAGGAAAUAACUCCUUCCAUUUGGUAGGGGCUCCGAGUUCAACGGAUCAGAGUUCACAACACUCUAAGAGAAAGUGCGGGAGCUCUAGCAGAUGCCACUGCUCUAAGAAGAGGAAACAUCGGGUUAGGAGAUCGAUUAGAGUGCCUGCUAUAAGUAACAAGGUUGCAGAUAUCCCUCCUGAUGAUUAUUCGUGGCGGAAAUAUGGUCAGAAACCCAUCAAGGGCUCUCCCUAUCCCAGGGGAUACUACAAAUGCAGUAGCAUGAGAGGUUGUCCAGCGAGGAAGCACGUUGAGAGAUGUUUGGAAGAUCCAGCGAUGCUUAUUGUUACUUAUGAAGCUGAGCAUAACCAUCCCAAAUUGCCAUCUCAAACCGUAACAACUUAA